AUGUCGACGGCCACCUCUGCAGUGGCCCGUAUAGCCUUUCUGUCUUCCGACACGCUUGUAUAUUCACAGCCCACGCUCUCAGCACCCUCCCCAUUCCCAUCUCAAUUCACUUCUCUAUCUACAAAGUCUGAGCGACGACCUACUGUUAUUGCUGUCCCGUCUGGAGCCGAUCCCGGCUCUACGCUUUUGCGAAAUAACUCGGGCAGCCUUCUUUCUUUUGCAGCACCGUCGGUGUCCCAGACUGUCAUAAGACUCGUUCUCCAUGCCGCAGAACUAGCUUCCCUACCACUCGUCCUUCAUCUCUCCGUUAAAAACGACCUCUCCGACGUGCUCUUGCUCCGCUCAGCCGUUCCCUUCUUCAUCAUCUCCUAUAAUGCCCAACAAGCUCACGACAAUGCACUCCUGGCUUCACGUCUGGCACGGACUGAGAAACAGGCUGUGGUUCAUGUCUUUUACGAGGGUGGUGCGGACGAUGUUGUGGAUGAAAUCGCUGAGGACCAUGUUCAGCCAUUCCUUCUCGCUGGCAAACCGUCGACCACGAACGGCCAUUCGAACGGGAAUGGUGUAGCUGCGAACGGGAAUGGUCAUGCUAAUGGUUCAAAUGGCUACCACUCUCCAGACCCAUCUGCUUCCAGUGAAGCGACAGCGCUGAACCUACUCAAGACAUACGAGUCGGCAGCUCUCACCACUGUCAACACUGUCCGACGCACUGUGCAGCCCAUUACAAAGCUCGGGUCCAGUGAACCACACACUGUCAUAUUCACUCUCGGAAACGUUCCUGAUUCUCUCCAUCUCGAUGGGGUAUCUUUCGUUUCGGUUGGCUUGCUCACUCCCCUAUCCCCAUCUCGCAUACUUGAAGCCAUCCCGACGUCCGUAACCCAAAUAAUCGUCCUGGAACAGCUCCAUCGCUGGAAUACGAAAUGGACACCUCUCUAUCUCGAUAUCGUGGGUGCCAUACAUCAGCGCGAAUCUGGGCAAUGUCCGCAGAUCCAGGAAGCAUACUUCAAUGAGCCCAGCCAGUUCACUCCCGUCAACGUGUUGAAAUUAAUACAAACAGCAUCAUCGCAGCCAUCGUCUACUCCUCUGCACUUGGGUGAAGCUGCUGUCGCCGCCCCACAACCUUCGCUUGAAACCCCUCACGUCCCGAAACACGAAGCUUCUUACACAAAGAUAUUGGCACAUCUAUUUGGAGAGAGGUUGGAAGUCUCUAACUCACCUUCCCUAGUCCCUCAACAAGGUGCGAUAGCGACCAGUCCGGAAUAUGCAUUGGGUCGGGUUCGUGGGCAGGUGGAUCAGCGUUCCGAGCUCGUUCGCGCUGUCCAAAAGCUAAUGGAAUCGAAGGACAUUGACGAGGAGCUUCACAAACUUCUCAGUGGGUGGCUGCUCGCUAAGGAUCAUGGUACGAAAAGUCGGGAGCUGGGCAAGCAGAUCAUCUCAGCACUGGAAUCGUCCAAAUCAUUCAUCCCAGCCGCCGACCGCAUUCUCGCGCUGCGCAACCAGUUCCCUGCGCCCUCUAGAUGGAUCAUUGGCUCAGAUGCUUGGUCUUAUGACCUUGGUUCGUCAGGGCUGCACCACGCCAUUGCCUCUGGCCUCGACAUCAAUAUCCUGAUACUCGACACUCUUCCAUACUCGUUACGCAACUCUGGUGACCCGCAUCGCCGCAAGCAGGACGUUGGGCUGUAUGCUAUGAACCACGGAGACGUUUACGUUGCGAGUAUCGCUGUCUACUCGUCGUACUCUCAGGUGUUGCAGUCCCUCGUGGAGGCUGACAGACACAAGGGCCCUAGUGUUGUCCUGGCGUAUCUUCCAUAUCAGACUGAAGAUUCGUCAGCUUUGGAUGUACUGAAGGAGACCAAACUCGCCGUUGAUGCUGGCUAUUGGCCGCUGUACCGAUGGGAUCCCGUGAAGGAGCAGCAAGGCAAAGAGCCAUUUACCCUAGACUCGGACGCGGUUAAGAAUGAUCUGCAGCAAUUCCUUGACCGCCAAAACCACCUGUCGCAGCUCGUCCGAUCCAAACCUCAGCUCGCAACUGACAUUGUCAGCAGUCUAGGCGAAAACGUGAAAGAGGCCAGAAGACGUCGCGCACAACAGACAUACGACGAUCUCCUGACAGCGUUGGAUGCACCCCCGUUGUUGGUUUUGUAUGCCUCGGAUGGCGGUACGGCAGAGAAGUUCGCAAAGAGGCUCGCAAAUCGGGGCAAGGCGAGGGGGUUGACGACGACUGUGGCUACGAUAGAUUCGAUGUCUCUGGACAGUCUUGCUCAGGAAGAGUUCGUCGCCUUUGUCACAUCUGUUGCUGGACAAGGAGAGCCUCCGCAGAAUGGUAGAACGUUCUUCAAGGCGAUCAACGCAGCCGCCGGUCGAGGCGAACGGCCUUUCUCCAAGCUUCGUUACUCCGUUUUCGGCAUGGGCGACAGUCACUACUGGCCUCGACCGGAGGACGCUCACUAUUACAACAAGCCUGGAAAGGAUCUUAGUGCUCGUCUGGAGCAGCUGGGAGGCGAACGCUUCGGUGACCUCGGUCUCGGUGACGAUCAAGAUGCAGAUGGCCCCGAGACUGGGUAUAAGGUCUGGGAGCCCCUAGUCUGGAAAGCCUUAGGUGUCGACUCGAUCGAGGUCCAGGAAGCCGAACCUGAGCCUAUCACCAACGAGCAUAUCAAAGCUGCAUCUGGGUUCUUGCGAGGUACGAUUGUCGAAGGCCUCGAGGACACUACCACCGGCGCACUAGCAGCCAGCGACACCCAGCUGACAAAGUUCCAUGGUAUCUACCAGCAGGACGAUCGUGAUAUCCGUGACGAGCGACAGGCGCAGGGGGUCGAGCCAGCUUAUAGUUUCAUGAUUCGUGUGCGUAUGCCGGGAGGAGUUUGUAAGCCUGACCAGUGGUUGGAGAUGGAUCAGAUUGCGGACGAACAUGGAUGUGGGACGUUUAAGAUUACGACUCGCCAGACCUUCCAGUUCCACGGUGUCAUUAAGAAACACCUAAAGCCUUCCAUCCAGGCUAUCAACAGAGCGCUGCUGGACACCCUGGCCGCGUGUGGUGACGUUAACCGAAACGUGAUUUGCUCGGCGAUUCCUUCGUUAUCGAAACUUCAUGCCCAAGUCUACCAAUUCUCGCAGGAUGUGAGCACCCAUCUGCUUCCACGCACUACGGCCUACCACGAAAUCUGGCUUGAUAAGAAGAUGGUUGCUGGCGAGGCUGUCAAGGAUUUCGAGCCUCUCUAUGGAGAAUUCUAUCUUCCUCGUAAAUUCAAAAUCGCAGUCGCCGUUCCUCCUACCAACGACGUCGAUGUAUUUGCCAAUGACCUGGGUUUCAUUGCCAUCGUAGACAAGUUUGGUGAACUUGCUGGCUUCAAUGUCACGAUCGGAGGAGGUAUGGGUGUCACACAUGGCAACAAAAAGACCUAUCCUCGUGUAGGCGAUGUCAUCGGUUUCUGUACUGUUGAACAGGGCCCUCUUGUUGCAGAGAAAGUCAUGCUUGUCCAGAGAGACAAUGGUAACAGAACUGAGCGUAAGAACGCCCGUUUGAAAUACACGAUUGACAGAAUGGGCUUGGACGUGUUCAAAUCCGAGGUAGAGCGUCUUCUAGGCUACUCCCUACCCCCUGCACGCCCAUACACCUUUGACCGAAACAUCGACGACUUCGGUUGGAGCACGGGUCAGAAUGGAAAGCACCACUUCAUGCUCUUCAUCGAAAAUGGCCGCAUUCAAGAUGAGCCAGGUCGUGACUUCAAAACUGGUCUUCGCGCCGUUGCGAAGAUACACAAGGGGACAUUCCGAUUGACUGCAAACCAGCAUCUCGUCAUCGCUGAUAUAGCGUCGGCAGACCUUCCUCAGAUCAAAAGUUUGCUAUCGGAGUACAAGCUAGAUAAUCUGAAUUAUACGGGUCUUCGUUUAUCGUCGUCUGCGUGUGUGUCGUUCCCGACAUGUGGUCUUGCCAUGGCUGAAUCCGAGCGGUACUUGCCCAUCUUGAUAGACAAGGUCGAAAAGAUGUGUGAAGAAAAUGGACUGCGUAAUGAUUCAAUAGUGAUGCGUAUGACUGGCUGUCCUAAUGGAUGUGCACGACCAUAUGUUGCUGAGGUUGCUUUUGUUGGUAAAUCGCCUGGAACCUACUCCAUGCUGCUCGGCGGUGGCUACUACGGCCAACGUCUCAACAAAAUCUAUCGGGAAAAUGUGUCUGAGCCUGAAAUGCUUGCUAUCCUUGGGCCGAUGAUUAAACGAUAUGCUCUUGAGCGUCAGGACGGUGAGCACUUUGGAGAUUUCGUGAUCAGGGCUGGAUACAUCGCGCCAACGACGUCUGGCAAAGAAUGGUAUGAGGGUAUGGGAGGCGAGGGCGAGUACCGCGAGAAUACUGUAUCAUAA